AUGCCGUCUAUAGUCAUUGACGAUGCUGAUCGGCUUCGCCAGCUGUGGACGCAGCUGGUGACCGAUGUGACUCCAUCCCAUCUCCCAUCCGGUCUUUUCUCUAAGCGCGAGACUAAGUCGACCGUGGGCCGUCUCAACGUGCCCAUGCAACUGUCUGCCAUCUAUGACUGUUGCCAGCAGUGUGAUGUUUCUCCAUUGAACGUGGUUCAGGCUGCCUGGACCGCUGUCCUGCGCUCAUACUCCGGCGCCGACAAUGUCAUGUUUGCGGGUAUUGGAAUGAACCCACGAUCAACCAAGCAGCAAUGGACAAAUACAUCCGUGUCAUUGGCUCGGUUAGAGCAGGAUAGCUCUGUCAUUUCUGUCCUUGACACCACGCAAGAGGAAGGGCUUUUGCAAGCCGAGUCCAUGGUUUCUGUUCCUGAGGCUUUGGACAUCUUUUCCAGCUUGGAGCCAAAGCCAUGCAACUCGGCCAUCUGGCUCAAAGAUGCUCAGUCCAAGAGUGAGCUGUCUUUAACAGACGUUGUGAAUGAAAAGACCUUCGAUUAUGCUGUUCAGAUUGAUGCCUCAUUAACCCAACUGGACUUGGUCUUCCACAAACCCACUGUUUCACGCUCUCAAGCACAAUACAUCGCCAGCACAUUCGCCGACUACCUCCAAAGUGUGUGCUUGGACCCAUAUCAGACCGCAUCCACUGUGUGCCACCCCAGUGAACUUGAUAUGAUGCAGAUCGACACAUGGAAUCGCAUCCUGCCCAAGGGUAGCGAAGUCUGUGUUGAUCAAUUGAUUGAGAGUGCCGCUCAAAAGUCACCGGACGCUCAGGCACUGGUAGGCUGGGAUGGUGAGAUGUCAUACUCCCAGUUCAACCAAGCCGCAAACAAAAUGGCUGCAUACUUUGACUCAGUUGGAGUCCAGCGCGGCGAGCUUGUUCCGAUCUGUUUCGAGAAGUCGGUGUGGACCAUUGUCACGAUGAUCGGCCUCUGGAAAUUGGGUGCUGGCUGGGUGCCGCUGGACCCCAAGCACCCUCGCCAGCGAUUGGAAACGAUAAUCGAAUCAGUUGGAGCCCGGACGGUGAUUGCUUCCGCAUCCAACAAGGAUCUCGUGCAGGACAUUGCUUCCCAGGUGCUUAUCCUCGACCCAUCUCAAAUCCAGUCUGCCCCGGAGGUGGACUUCAAGUCUCGAUCACAACCCCAUGACACCUCGUUCGUCAUGUUCACCUCAGGAAGCACCGGAAAGCCCAAGGGUGUUGUCCAUGAUCACGCCUCCGUCGCCUCCAGUGCGCUGAACCACGCCUCUGCUAUGAAUAUCUCUAAUAAUACCCGCGCCCUGCAAUUCGGCGCCUACACUUUCAUUAUCAGCACCUUCGAAAUAUUUACUACUCUAAUCUUUGGCGGAUGCCUCUGCAUUCCCUCCGACCAUGAUCGGCACACCGAUAUCCGCCCUGCUAUUCGGUCAUUCGAGGCCAAUUGGGCAAUUUUUACUCCCAGUUUUGCACGCUCUCUCCACCACGAGGACAUUCCAUCCCUUGACACCCUUCUCGUGGCCGGUGAAGCUGUAGCACAGGACAUCAUCGACCGAUGGGCACCUGUCGCUCAACUAAUUAAUAUCUAUGGCGCAUCCGAGUGCAGCGUUGUCAUGAUUGGCCGGAUGGUGGCAGACACUCCCAGAAGCUGCAUCGGCCGAGCUACUGGAGGACUCUCCUGGCUCGUUGAUCCCAAUGACCAUGACCGGCUUGUGCCCAUCGGCUCAGUUGGUGAGCUUGUCAUUGAAGGGCCUAUUCUGGCACGGGGAUACCUUGCGGACCCCGAGAAGACACAGGCUGUCUAUAUUGAGAACCCGGUCUGGGCCUCACAGAGCGGCAAUACGCGUCGUUUCUACAAGACUGGCGAUCUGGCUCGUUAUGGCGAUGACGGUCGGGUCCAUCUAAUCGGUCGCAAGGAUUUGCAAGUGAAGAUCCGUGGCCAGCGGGUGGAGCUGACAGAAAUCGAGGCUCACAUGCGCGCCAUCGAUAACUCGGUGAAGACUGCGGUUGCUAUGGUUCGCCCUGGAGGCAAGGCCAUGCUUGCUGCCUUCAUCUCCAACCAGAGUGGCUUUGGACCCGAGUUCCCCCAUCCUUUCUAUUCCGCCCCUGACGACAAACAAUCAGUUGUCUCAUUGGCCGGGCAGAUGAGCAAGAAGCUCACUUUGCAACUUCCGCCCUAUAUGAUUCCCUCGGUCUUUCUGCCCCUGGCUUACAUGCCAUUGACAGCGUCCGGCAAGACUGAUCGUCGACUCAUUGCCUCAUUUGGUGACAGCCUGACACUGACAGAGCUCGCUGCUGUCGCUGGCAAUGGCAAGGUUACUGAGCGCCGCAUGCCCACCACCACCACCGAGAUGACUCUACGUCAGAUCUGGGCCGAGAUUCUCCAUUGCCCUGUCGAUGAGAUUGGCGCCGAGGACAAUUUCUUCCAUCUUGGUGGUGACUCAAUUGAGGCAAUGAACCUGACUCGUCGUUGUCGCGCAGAGGGCUUCCAGCUCCAGGUUGGUGACAUCCUGGGUAAUCUGGUUCUAAGUGACAUGGCCAAGGCUAUGACUUCCACACGCUCUCUUAAGCCAUCCAUCACCACUCCCUUCGAGUUGCUUGGUGAUGAUACUGAUGCUGUUCGCGCCAACAUCCUCUCCGCGACUGGUCUACCAGCCGGUCUUCUGCAAGACGCCUAUCCUUGCAGUCCUCUCCAGAUGGGCCUUAUGGCCCUCUCUGCCAAGAUUCCUGGCUCUUACGUCGCCCGCCACACCCUCGAGCUUCCGAGCAGCGUAACUGUUGGUCGUUUCAAAGAGGUCUGGGGCAUGAUCGUCGAGAGCAAUGACGUGCUCAGGACCAGAAUUGUUGAGACGGAUGAGUACGGCUCUGUGCAAGUUGUCAACCGGGCUCCCCUUGUGUGGGCUCAUGACACCGAUCUGGCCAAGUACAUUGAGCUGGAUGAGAAGAUCCCUAUGCAGAUUGGUGAUGCCCUUGCUCACUUCGGCAUCAUUGCCGGGCCCACCAACACCUUCGUUUUGACUAUACAUCACUCCAUCUACGAUGGUAUGUCACUGGAAAUGAUCUUCAAUGAUCUCGUGCACGCAUUUGAAGGUGUGGUCCCGCCCGUUCGCACCCAGUUCCGGGACUUCAUUAAGGAGGUCGUGGAGAGGAAUGCCGACAAGGCCACUGAAGAAUAUUGGCGUGGAGAAUUCGCCGAGGGCGACAUGACCACAUUCCCGUCGCUCCCCUCCGCCAGUCAUCAGCCCCUGGCCAAUGACUCCUUUGUGCACACCCUUCAACUCAACCGCAAGGGUCCAUCUGACUUCACCAGCGCGACCCUCAUCCGUGCCGCCUGGUCGUUGGUCCAAGCUCGGUACUGUGACUCCCCGGAGACUGUGUUUGGAUGCACACUGAGUGGUAGAAAUGCACCUGUACCUGGGGUUGAGGAUGUUGUCGGUGCAGUCAUUGCCACAGUUCCUAUCAAGGCCAAGGUGGAUGGGGAGCAGCCCGUUGCAGAGUGGCUGCAGCAGAUCAAUUCCCACUCGGUUGAAAUGACCCCGGCCCAGAACUAUGGUCUUCAAAACAUCGCCCGUGUCGCUGAAGGCGCCGCAGCAGCCUGCAACUUCCAGUCUUUGCUGGUCAUUCAGCCCGCCACUUCAGUUGCGGAAGAUAGCAUCAUGCAACCUUUCUCAGCUCCGCAAGCCAAUUUCAGCACCGUGGCACUCACACUGGAAUGUAGCCUGGCAGUCGACGGCAGCAUCCAGAUCCACGUCCACUUCGAUGAUACCGUCUUGCCACGCCUUGAAGUGCAGCGUAUCGUUCGUCAGUUCGAGCACGUGUUGCAGCAACUGGCCUCCGCCCCCACCGGAAAGUUGUCUGACAUUGAAAUCAUCAGUCCACAGGAUAAGGAAAAUCUCCUUCAAUGGAACCGCGAUCUAGCUGAGCCUGUCAAUGAGUGUGUCCACCGCCUCAUCUCACAGAACAACUUCUCUCAGCCCAAUGCACCAGCCAUCUGCGCUUGGGACGGGGAGCUGACAUAUACCGAGUUGGAGAGCCUAUCGUCCAAGCUUGCUGCUCACCUCAUCAAUGUUGGCGUCGGUCCUGAUGUCUUCGUUCCAUUGUGCUUCGAGAAGUCUAUGUGGACUAUCGUGGCCAUGCUCGCUACCCUCAAGGCCGGUGGCGCUUUUGUGGCCAUGGAUGCUUCACAACCCAUCAGCCGCAUGCAGAGCGUUGUCAAGGAUGUUAACGCUCAAGUCGUCCUCUACUCCGAGGAGCAAUUGAGCCGCGCUCCUGGUCUGGCCGCCAAGGCGAUCGCAGUCGGCCCGGGAAUGCGCGAACUGAACACCCCCCGAACGCCACCCACACCAGUGGCUCCCUCAAAUGCCGCCUAUGUGAUCUUCAGCUCUGGCAGCACGGGAACGCCCAAGGGAUCGGUUAUCGAGCACCGUGCCUUCUGUACGGCUGCCGUCUCUCAGAAGGAGGGACUUCAGAUGGGUAGCCGCGUCCUUCAGUUCGCAUCAUAUGCUUUCGAUGCUAGCAUCCUCGAGAUCCUCUCCACUCUGGUACAAGGUGGAUGUGUCUGUGUUCCAUCUGAAUCAGAGCGCCGCGGUAACAUCGCAGAGGCCAUCACUCGCAUGAAUGUCGAUUGGGCUGUACUGACACCAUCCUUCGUCAACACGAUUGAUCCUUCCAGUGUCCCAACACUGUCCACACUGGCUCUUGCUGGUGAGGCUAUGAGUGCCGCCCACGUUGCAGCAUGGACACCAUACGUCCGGCUUGUCAACGGAUACGGACCUUCCGAGUGUUGUGUGUGCACAACAUCCAACCGCAGGGUCCUCCCUGGGACUGCCUCAAACAACAUCGGCACCGCUGUUGGCUCUGCCAGCUGGAUCACCGACCGUGAUGACCACAACAAGCUCGCACCCAUCGGUGCGAUUGGUGAACUGUUGAUUGAGGGCAAUAUCCUGGCUCGUCACUACCUGAACAACCCGGAGAAGACCGAUGCUGCUUUCAUCACUCAGCCGGCUUGGCUCCCCGGUCACCGAUCCACGCGCGUAUACAAGACCGGUGAUCUGGUCAAGUAUGCCCCCGAUGGGUCCAUUCUCUUCAUCGGCCGCAAGGACACCCAGGUGAAGAUUCGCGGCCAACGUGUCGAACUGGGUGAGAUUGAGUACCAUCUCAACCUCCCUGCUGAUGUAUCGCAGUCUGUGGUCUCAUAUCCCAAGUCCGGCCUAUACGCUCAGAAGCUGGUCGGUAUUCUGGAGCUCAACUCCACUGCCGGCUCUGACCUGAGCGUUGUGCCCAGCGCCGAGUUCCAGCGAUCUGGCUUCCAACUCUCUUCCCUUACUCACACUCUUUCUGAGACUCUUCCCGUUCACAUGAUCCCCGUCAUUUGGAUCGUCGUGCGCAAGAUUCCAAGCUCUUCGUCCACCAAGAUCGAUCGCAAGGUGGUCGAUCAGUGGCUCACAAAGCUUCCAUCCAACUUCGAGCCCACCCUUGGAAUCACCCGCGAAGGCCCUACCACCUCCGCGCUGCGUGCCAGCGAGGACAAGGCCCUUGCCAUCAGCAAAAAGAUCGAGAGCUUGGUCAAUCGGGAGGAUAGUCCACUCCACGGCCGUGAUUUCAACAUCUCUUCCAUGGGUAUCGACUCUGUCCAGGUCAUCAGCUUGGCCAGUUUCAUCAAGCAGUCCUAUGGAGUCAAGGUUGACGUGUCUCGCGUUCUGGACGGUCAGAUGACCGUUCGUGGAUUGGCCGCGUUCAUCGACGCCGAGCUGUCCGGGACGGUCCAGGAAGCCCUGCCUGCCUUUGACGCCAUGAAGGAGGCUUCGGCCUUAGUCAAUGAUAUUAUCAAGAACUCCAUGCCCCAGAAGACUGUCUUUGUCACUGGUGGAACUGGUUUCUUGGGUACUCAGAUCCUUCGGCAAUUGUGUGACCGCCCUGAUGUCGGUCGCGUCAUCGCCCACGUCCGCGCCAACAGCCCCUCCGACGCAUUCAUUCGCAUCAAGGAUGCUGCCGUGCGCGCUCAAUGGUGGUCCGACUAUUAUCUUACCAAGCUUGAUGUAUGGUGUGGUAACCUGGCCUCGCCCAAGUUGGGCCUGAAGCCAAAGCAGUGGGCCUCCCUCAGUGGCGAGAGCCCCAACGACGGUCUUGUUAACGGCAUCAUCCAUGCUGGUGCUGCUGUCAACUGGAAUGCAGGAACCGAGAUUUUGCGCGCGGCCAAUGUCAACUCCACCGCCGAGCUCAUCAAGGCGGCCAUCAGCUCCCCCGCCCGACCCCGCCUGUCCUACGUGUCUGGUGGUUCCCGUUGGAGCGUUGGCGAGAACGACCAGGACAUCGCGAAUGAGAUCGCCCACGCCAACGGUUAUGCUCAAACCAAAUACCUGUCGGAGUUGCUGGUUAAGCAAUUUGCCGCCAAGUAUCCCAAUCAGUUCGCAAUCGUCAAACCUGGACUGAUCCUCGGAACCCCAGAGGAAGGUGUUGCCAACACUGAUGACUUCGUUUGGCGGUUGGCUUCCGGCGUGGUUGACGCCUGUGCCUUCAGUGACGAUUAUGCAAAUGCCUGGAUGUAUGUCACCAGCAGUACCCGCGUUGCGGAGGAGACCAUUGCCCAGGUCUUCUGCCCAGCGGGAUCGAUGAAGACCGUCACCUACAUGACCGAGGGUAUCACUGAGCGUGAGUUCUGGGAGAUUUUCCACGGUGAACUGAAGUACCCACUCCGGAAGGUGGAUCACGAGACUUGGAUGGAAACCAUGCGCAAGUCCAUCCAGAAGGACACCAGCUCCCACCCGCUGUGGCCGGUGUCGCAGGUCUUUGAUGCCUUGCAGGGCCGCCUCGGUGGUGAACCUUUGCAAGACGCCAGCUUUGUCUCGCCGUCUCAGAAGCAGCAUGUCAAGGCCACUAUUCGUCGCAACGUGCAAUUCCUUGUCGAGGCUGGCUUUAUUGCCAGUCCGACUGGAAAGAAGAUGAAGUAUAUGGCCGAUAAGGUGUUCAAGCGGUCUGGAAAUGUUUGGGAGAAUGUGAAGAGAAUGACCAUCACUGCGUAA